AGAGUACCAUAUUCCGCACAGUGCCGCGGUCCGUAUCACGUGGCAUCUCCCCACACAACAUUCCCAUCAUCCUCCUCCAUAGCUUUCUUCACACUCCUUUCCACACCUCCAUCGCCAGAUUUCUGAUUGCUCCCAAAGGGUCUCUCGAGAUCCUCUCUGCUUCCCCAUACGUGAACAGCAGCUGUGGGUCGGACGAGGAGAGAUGUCUAACACCUUUGAUUUCGCAUCUGGGCUUGGCGGCAAGAUCGACAAGUCCGAGGUUCACUCCGCCGUUGAGAAGUAUGAGAAGUACCAUGGUUACUAUGGUGGUGAAGAGGAGGACAGAAAGAAUAACUACACUGACAUGGUCAAUAAAUACUAUGAUCUUGUCACUAGUUUCUAUGAAUAUGGUUGGGGAGAAUCAUUCCAUUUUGCACCGAGAUGGAAUGGAGAAUCUCUUCAAGAGAGUAUAAAGCGUCACGAACACUUUCUAGCACUACACUUAAAUUUGAAGCCCGGACAGAAGGUCUUGGACGUAGGAUGUGGAGUAGGCGGACCAUUAAGAGAAAUCUCUCGUUUCAGCCUUACAAAGGUCACAGGCCUCAACAACAAUGAAUAUCAGAUAUCUAGAGGAAAGAUGUUGAACCAUAAAGCAGGCGUAGACAAGACUUGUGACUUUGUGAAGGCAGAUUUUAUGAAAAUGCCCUUCCCCGACAAUAGCUUCGAUGCCGUGUAUGCAAUUGAAGCCACAUGCCAUGCACCAGAUGCAGUUGAGUGCUACAAGGAGAUACAUAGGGUACUGAAACCAGGACAAUGUUUUGCUGCUUAUGAAUGGUGCAUGACGGAUUCCUAUGACCCUAACAACGCAGACCAUAAAAAGAUCAAGCUAGAAAUUGAGCUUGGUAAUGGCCUCCCUGAUGUGAGGCUCACUACACAAUGUCUUGAAGCAGUCAAGAAAGCAGGGUUUGAAGUGGUUUGGGAGAGUGAUCUUGCAGAGAACUCACCUAUCCCUUGGUAUUUGCCAUUGGAUACAAGUCACAUCUCACUCAGCAGCUUCCGUCUAACAGCACUUGGACGUCUUUUGACUAGAAACCUUGUCAAGGCACUUGAAUAUGUGGGAGUUGCUCCCAAAGGAAGUCAAAGGGUUCAAGAUUUCUUAGAGAAAGCAGCAGAAGGACUUGUUGCCGGUGGAAAGAAAGGUAUCUUCACGCCAAUGUACUUCUUCGUCGCACGCAAGCCGAUCUCUAUCACCGAGUGAUGCAAAAGCAAAAUGUGGAUAUAAUUCCCAUGUACUAGAAAAUGUAUUUCUACAUGUUGGUUUUUGUUAAAUGCAAAUUGCUUGUCUUGCUCUGAUUGUGUGUUUCAAACUCAAAUCUUCCGGUUUUUCACCUAUUUGCCAAGCAUUCUUUUUUCUUUUGAAAUAAUUUGCCAAGCAUUCC